AUGCUACGAUUGAUUCCUAGAGUACACCCUACCAGAUAUCUAUCCACAUCUAAUCGUACUAACAUAACCAACUGGUAUUCGUCAGAUAUUUUAAUCAAUAAAAAAUCAAAAUUUCAAGCAAGAAAUGUUGAAUUAAUUGAUUCAUCACAAAUUGAUAAUAUUUUAACUCAAUUCUUAUUACAAUAUAAAUCAAUUUCUAAAAAUGCCAGUCAUCCUCAUAUAAUAGCCUGGCGUACUGGUGAAUACUUGAAUGAUGGAACUGUUAUAAAUAUAAACCAAGGAUAUCGAGAUAAUGGAGAGAAAGGAGCAGGAAUAAAAUUACUUGAAGAUGUAUUAAUUAAACAUAAUGUAAUUAACAGGUUAGUUAUAGUUACAAGAUGGUAUGGUGGUAAUCCAAUUGGAAGUCUGAGAUUUAGAUUAAUCAAUAAUGCUGCAUUACAAAGUUUACGUAGCGCUAACAAGAUAUAA